CCCAUCGUGCCAACCCACGCUUUCCUUCUCAUCGAGUCCAGUCUCUGGUUCGGCGAGGCUUCCACUCAUUCUCGAUCUCAGCCCCAAGCUCGCUCCUCUUCCUCGCUCGCUCGGUCGUUCACCUUCUCUCGUCGCUGGUAUCAUCGACGAGCAAACAGCUUUCAGGCCUCAGGUGUACCGUCUCUAGUAAAAAUGUCUCGAAAAGGAUUAAUGGAGCAGGACUUAAGUAAGCUUGAUGUGACAAAGCUUCAUCCUUUGUCACCAGAAGUUAUUUCACGUCAGGCAACCAUUAAUAUUGGUACCAUUGGUCAUGUGGCCCAUGGAAAGUCAACUGUGGUAAAAGCAAUAUCUGGUGUUCAGACUGUUCGCUUCAAGAAUGAGUUGGAGCGCAAUAUCACUAUCAAGCUUGGAUAUGCUAAUGCAAAAAUUUACAAGUGUGAAGAUGAUAGAUGCCCACGGCCUAUGUGUUACAAGGCUUAUGGGAGCGGAAAAGAGGACAGUCCUCUAUGUGAUGUUCCAGGAUUUGAGAACACCAGGAUGAAACUCCUAAGACAUGUUUCAUUUGUGGAUUGCCCAGGUCAUGAUAUCCUUAUGGCUACAAUGCUCAAUGGAGCUGCUAUUAUGGAUGGUGCUUUACUUUUAAUAGCUGGCAAUGAAAGCUGUCCACAGCCUCAAACAUCUGAGCAUCUUGCCGCUGUUGAAAUCAUGCGGCUCCAACAUAUUAUUAUCUUACAGAAUAAGGUCGAUCUUAUCCAGGAAAGUGCAGCAAUCAAUCAACAUGAAUCAAUCCAGAAGUUUAUUAUGGGAACUGUUGCUGAUGGGGCUCCUGUGGUGCCAAUAUCUGCUCAAUUGAAAUACAAUAUUGAUGUUGUCUGCGAGUAUCUAGUUAAGAAAAUACCUAUUCCAGAGAGAAACUUUACCUCACCGCCAAACAUGAUUGUAAUCCGUUCUUUUGAUGUGAACAAACCUGGCUCUGAAGUUGACGAGAUAAAGGGUGGUGUAGCAGGUGGAAGCAUCCUCAGGGGUGUUUUGAAGGUAAACCAACGAAUUGAAGUCCGUCCUGGAAUUGUGGUCAAAGAUGAAAGUGGGAACAUAAAGUGCACCCCCAUAUAUUCAAGGAUUGUUUCACUAUAUGCUGAGCAAAAUGAGCUUCAGUUUGCUGUACCUGGUGGACUUAUUGGAGUAGGCACUACGAUGGACCCGACUUUGACACGUGCUGAUAGGCUGGUGGGUCAGGUUCUGGGUGAAGUUGGAUCUCUGCCUGACGUCUUUGUCGAGCUUGAGGUCAACUUCUUCCUUCUUCGGAGGCUUUUGGGUGUGAGGACAAAGGGCACAGAGAAACAAGGCAAGGUGUCAAAGCUGGCAAAAGGUGAGAUCCUGAUGCUCAACAUCGGAUCUAUGUCAACCGGAGCUCGAGUUGUUGCUGUGAAGACUGACCUGGCCAAGCUGCAGCUCACUGCACCAGUAUGCACAGGCAAAGGGGAAAAGAUUGCCCUAAGCCGGCGGGUCGAGAAGCACUGGCGUCUAAUUGGUUGGGGUCAGAUUCAGGCUGGUGUAACCCUUGAUGUCCCACCCUGCCCCAUUUAAAAUGAUCUCAUCCAAGGGCCACAUUAAAAUCACGAGUUUCUUGAGCAAGAGAUUAGUGGGAGUACUUUUGAGAAGGUAGAGAGUUCCUGGAAAAGAUUUUUGUCCGGUUGAGGAUACACAGUCUUUUUCUUCAGAAAUGUGGCCAUCCACAGUUUCUCUUUCUCAUAUCUUGAUUUUUGAUUCAUUUGGUAUAUGUAAAGCCAGUUAUAUUGAUACUGCUGGUAAGUCAGAAGCGAGUUAUAAGGCAAUGAGAUGUUGUCUAAGACUUUAAGAUCGA